AUGGAUCCAUUCCAAGUGCGACUGCGGUUCGUCUCAACGUUGCAACGAGUCAACGCAUCGCUGCCCACCAUUCAGAAGGCGCUAUCGUUUAUCGUGGAAUAUGGCGUGCCCAUGCACCCUGAGCUCUGGGACUGUAUUUUGGAUGAGUUCAAAGACGGCUCGAUCAACCGACGUAUCAACCUGCUCUUCCUUGUCGAUUCCGUCUUCACUGACGACACACUGUCGCCUACGAUUCGGUGCUUAUUCAAACAACACCUCGAACGCGAUCUCUACACACUAGUCGACUUGGUCGUGCCUGAAAACCGCUGGGAUGCCAUCCUGAACCUGCCUGCUGUGGAAAAGAUGAUCUGCACUUGGAAAACGCGCCUGGUGGUCGAUCGAAGUUUACUCCAAGACAUCGAAACAAUGCUUUGCGUCCGCAAAUCAGCUCUCUAUUCGCUCUCGCCAACUUCGAGGUCUGUCACACUCCUCCCGGCAAGUGACAUCCAAAGACGCAUCGAAGAAGAUCGAGAACGACAUAAACGUCUUCGUGAACGUUCCUGGAUCCUUCCACCCACCGCUUUCUCGCACACAUCUCUGUUCGGAAUCAAACCGGAACAGUUGGAUCCCACGUAUCUGACGCGCAAACAGGACGCCUCCCCGUGCGAGAGAAGCGAGGACUCCGAUGGUGACAAGAUAUGGACCACACAAGAUUUGGAUUUCAGCGCCAUGUGGGACGAGACGAGCGAUUUCAACGAUGAUGAUCAGGAAACAGUCAAAGAGGAUGAAAAGCUGUUUUGGGCCAACCUGGCGCCGCCGCCACCGCCGCCACCACCGCCGUCUGUGGCGCUCCUCGAGAAUACACGCCGGAGAACAGCGGUGCUGCCAACUUCACAGCCUCUCCCACCAACAGCGCCUGCAUCCAUGCGAUUAGCUCAGCGCUCGCAAUGA